AUGGAGACCUCAAGACUCCCGGAUACAAGAAACGGCAGCUCAAGUUCUUGGGCCAAGUACGUCUCGAGCGAAAAUGAGACCGAUAGACCGCGCACAAGAAGGGUGGUUCGCGAAAGCUCUGCUCCAUUGGAGUCAGACGACAAUUCGAUUUCGCGUCCUUUGACUCCACGCAAACGCAAACCCGCUGUCAAGCGGUUCGACUCGCCAUCUGCAGCAUCGCCUCCGCCGUACAGUUUUGACUACAAAGCCAUUCCGGAUUAUUCUCCGUCCACCAACACGUUGCCAAACAACAGCCGGUGCCUGAAGACGGAAUGGAAAGGUCAAGCGAUGGAUUUAAGCGAGGAUCCAUUAGUGGGAGAACUGCAUCCUGCAGAGGUGCAGUUGGCAUCGACGCUGCGGCUGCCUCCGAACGUUUAUCUGGAUUCGAAAAGAAGAAUUUUUUUCGAGAAAGUGAAGCGGCUUCGUUCUGGCCUGCCGUUCAGACGUACCGACGCACAAAAAGCAUGCAAAAUCGACGUGAACAAGGCAAGUCGGCUUUAUGCUGCUUUUGAGAAGAUCGGAUGGUUGGAAGACAUCAACUUUGACGGGUUUUUACAAGAAUAA